UGGGGCACAGGCCAACCGGGCACUCGCUGCACAACACCAGGCUGCUCCACCACAGUACCGAGCAAAUAAACGACCGUAGCGGAGCGUUUCUAGCGGCUGAACACAGCUCUCGCCAACUUCACAGUUGCCCGUGCCAGAUCCACCCGGUGUGCCGAUCGGAUUGCGUUGUGUGGUAGCAGCCCCAGAACAGUAAAGCAAAAAAAACCCCAUCGAAAUGGCCUACCGUGUACUGACGCGUACCGCCGGCAGCAGCCAGCAGCAGCAGCAGCUCAAGUUGCUGUCCGACCUGUUGAUCCGUUCGUUCAGCAGCGGCCCCAAGAAUGUUGGGUUCAUCGGGCUCGGCAACAUGGGCGGUCCGAUGGCAAGCAACCUGAUGGCGAAGGGCCACAAGCUGCACGUGUUCGACAUCUCGAAGGACGCGAAGGAAUCGCUGAAGGCGAAGGGUGCCGUGCCGUACGACAAUGUGGCCGAACUGGCCAAAGCGUCCGACUUUGUGGUGACGAUGCUGCCGAACAACGACAUCGUGGCGGACACGUACGACACCAUCAUCGGUGGCGGCGGCAUCAAGAACCAGACCAUCUUCAUCGACUCCAGCACGAUCGAUCCGAACGUGGCGAAGGCGGUCCAGAAGAAGGUUAAGGCGGCCGGAGCAACGUUCGUCGAUGCGCCCGUGUCCGGCGGUGUGCCCGGUGCGAAGAACGCGACGCUCACGUUCAUGGUCGGCGGCACGAGCGAGGAGUACCAGGCGGUGAAGGAGCUGCUCGAGGGCAUGGGCAAGAAGAUUACGCACUGCGGCGGCUACGGCAUGGGCCAGGCGGCCAAGGUGUGCAACAACAUGAUGCUGGGCAUCUCGAUGUGCGGGCUGGCCGAGUGCAUGAAUCUGGCCAUCCGGCUCGGGCUCGAUCCGAAAGUGUUCGCCGACAUCGUGAACGCGUCGACCGGCCGUAGCUGGGCGUCGGAGGUGAACAACCCGGUGCCGGGCAUCAUUCCGACCGCACCGGCUGCCAGCGGCUAUGCGGGCGGUUUCGCCACCGGGCUGAUCACGAAGGAUCUCGGCAUUGCGUCGGCCGUCGCCACCAGCUCGAACUCGCCGAUCCCGCUCGGUGCGCUCACGCACCAGAUCUACCGGACGCUGAUGGCGAAGGGUUUGGCCAACAAGGACUUUUCCGUGGUGUACGAUUUCCUCAAGAACACGGAGGGCAAGUGAGCGACGAGCGAGAAGCGACGGGGGUUUGGUGGGUAAACGGUCUGACCAGGCGCGGCGCUUACCGGAAAAAAACGCACCCAGGUAGCGCAUACAGUCUUCCAGAGCAUGCAUUUAUGAAACGCCAAUAAACGGUCGUUUAGAUUUUAUUUUUCAAAUUUCAA